AACUGUAAGAGGCCGAUGAAUCAACUUGAUAUUCUGCUCCUCAAGCAUAUACGUGCUGAGGGGAACGUGGUAGCAGGUAUUCUUGCCAAAGAGAGCAUGCAGCAUGCAGCAUGCUUCUGGAGUUCUGGGAUUUGUACUUUUCAUAGACCUCCUAGUCUAGUUAUGGAAGCUUUGCUUGACGAUAUUCUAGGUGUCUCUAGACCUAGGCAAGUCUGUAAAAGCCAUCUUGGCUAGUUUGUUUGUUCUUGUUUGGGUUUUUUGCCUCCACUGUACCCAGGAAAAAAAAAUGACUCUGAUUCGUUUCUUCCUUCAAAUCGUUUCUUUUUUUAUUAGAGUUGAUUCCUUUCUUCCUUGAAAGACUAAAUUUUGUGUAUAGGGAAUGGUACAACCUUCUUUUAACGACCGGUAUAACAAGCUAAAGUGACCUCUACGAGCAACACUUCGACCAGAAUUGUGAUCCCUAGUUCUCUGUCUUCUAAGAAUUCUACCAAAUCCCUAAACCAAAAAAACCCCCCAAUUCAUCUUCAGCUCUUCUUUUCAAACUCUCAAUCUUCCUUGCUUCCUAGGAGCUUUGCCGCCGGUGGAUUUGCGAGCAACCUGCUUCUUACCAGCUAUUUCUUCAGAUCGAGAAAUUAUCAUGGCAAGUGCUGCAGUUGUCCCGAAUGCGAUUAUACCUCAAUUUCUCAACCAUACUAAUUAUAAACAUUGGAGUCUGUGGGUCAAAACGUACUUAUUGUCUGAAGACCUCUGGGACGUUAUCGAACCCACCACUGAGAUUCAUAAACUACAAGAAAACAAUGGUGAACAAGACAAUGAUGGUGAAAAAAAAUAAGGAUUGGACAAGGAAGAAUGCGAAAGUGUUGCAUAUAAUUCUGAAUUCAUGCGGGAGUGAUAUGUUCUCUCUUAUCUGUGAAAUUAGCAGCGCACAAAGUGCCUGGGAGGCUUUGGAAAAAGGAUGCAAGGAAAAACAAAAGGCUGAAAACGAUGCCAAGGAAAUCGAGCGCUACAUACCCUUCUCUAACUUUGUGAUAAAUGGUGAUUGGGAGAAUGCAAAGGAGUGUCUUACAAAACUUCCAGAUGCAAUAACAGCAAGAUACCAAUUUGGAGCCACAGCCCUUCAUAUAGCAGCCGGGCAAGGGCACCUGCAUAUCUUGAAAGAGUUGGUCUUGCUGAUGGGACAAGAUGAUUUACAAACUAAAAACGCUUAUGGUUACACAGCUCUUCAUGUAGCAUUCUUCAACGGGCGCUUUGACAUUGUUAAAGAGCUGUUGCCCCUGAUGGGAGGAGUAAAAGACUGCCAUGGUAACACGGUUCUUCACAUGGCAUUAAUUAGGCAGCAACCACACACUGUAGAGUGGAUGGUGAAGUUAAUGAAAAGAGAAGACUUGGAAUUAAAAAACAACGAUGGUUCUACAGCUCUGAACAUAGCAGUCAAGAAGGGGAAUGUGUCUACUAUUAAAGAGUUGCUGCCGCAUGAUGAUGACUUUGACCGUUAUAUACCGUUUACUAAUGCUGUAAUUGACGGUGAUUGGAAUAAUGCAAACUAUUGUCUUAGAGAUCUAGAUCCCUACAGGGCAGUAAGAGCAAGAGAUCCAAGAGAUGGAAAUGAGAACACGGCUCUUCACUUAGCAAUCAAGCAUGGGCAUGUGGAUAUUGUGAAAGAGUUGGUGUCGUUGAUGACACAAGAAGAUUUGGAAGUGAAAAAUGCUGAUCCUUCCACGGGUAAUUUAAAUGCAGACCUCAGUGAACGAGCAGUCGUCGAAAUGGCUAAGUACAUGGUUGAACAGAAUGAGAUACUGCUUGCCCGUGUUUUAGAACUAGAGAAUGCUUUUGGAGAUACACCUCUUCACGAAGCAGUCAGUAAGGGGGAUAUGUCUAUUGUGGAAGAAUUGGUACCUUCGAUGAGACAAGAAGGUUUUGAAAUAAAAAAUAAUAAUGGUUUUACAGCUCUUCACCAAGCAGUCAUGAACGAAAAUGUGGAUAUUGUGAAGAUUAUAGUCCGGCGGAUGAGGCGAGAAGGUCUGGAAGUAAAAGGUGCUCUUGGUUACACAGCACUUCACCAAGCAGUGGAGAUGGGGAAUAUGGGGAUUGUGAAAGAGUUGGUAUUGGUGAUGAGACAAGAGGGUCUUGAAGUAAAAAACGACGCGGGUUCCAAUGCUCUUCACCUUGCAGUCAUGGAGAAUAAGAAUAUGGACAUUGUGAGAGAGUUGAUGUCGUUGAUGAGACCACAAGCGAUGGAAAUAAAAAAUGGUGAAGGUUUUACAGCUUUAGGUUGUGCUAUGGAGCUACCCGCCAUAGAUGGAGACAUUUGGGAAAUGGCUAAAUUCAUGGCUGGAAAGAACAAAAAAGUAUUUGGCAUGCGCUCGGGUAGAGACAUUCCAGUUGUAUGGGCUGCUGGCUGGGGCAAGUGGAAAUUAACUCAGUAUCUCUAUUUCGUCACUCCUCGUGAAGCUCUAAACGGGUUUGACGGCGCUCAUUUUAUUACUAUUGCUAUUGAACGUCUGAAAGCGCUCGGUAAGGGUGUUUUAAAUAUCAUUAAUUAA